GUCAUUCCUUCGCGAGGUCUCAAAGAGAGUGGUCGUAUUUUAAAUAAACAAGUAGAAAUAUAUCCGUGAGUGGAAAUGGGGUGUUUGUUAAAUACAGUGAUCGUCUUUCUACUUGUUGGUUUGACGAACUCUUCGACGCACACCUACAAAGCUGGGACCGUGAGCAGCGCGCAAUGCAGCCUCGAUGCGUGUGCGCAGCUCGCCCAGAAUGCGGCUAAAGCUAAUGUUGAUAUAUUGGUGUUGCCUGUCCCUGAAGAUAUUUCCAGAUCAGUUCAAAAAGAUAAUUUUGAUGAGGCAGUGAAAGUAAUCUCAAGCUUAGCGAAGGACAACAAAAUCUACAUCGUGUCACAUUUCCUGGAGAAGGUGCGAUGCCAGGAGAAAACUGAAAUUAUCAGGAAUAACCUGGUUUUCGACCGGCAAGGGAGCGUCGUUUAUAUCUAUAGGAAGCCCCUGGACCUUACUGCCACCUGCAACGUCACGGCCACCGGAACCACAUUCGUAACCGAUUUCGGAGUCAACUUCGGUGUGCUCAUGCCAGAGGAUUUGGUGCUGAGAAAUCUGCAAGGGAAGAACUUUGUAGUGGCUGGCGAGUGGGGGUCAGAGAUUCCGGCUCUUGCAGCUCCUCAAUUCUUCAAAUCCUGGGCGUUCACCACCAAUGCGAACCUGGUGACGUCUUCCGGGAUAUUCUCUGGGAAGGCUGGAGGAACUGGCCAUGGAACUGACCUCGUUGCCGCUGAACUGAAGAAGGAUGGGGGAGAUGUCAUCAACGCUCCUAUUGCCACCACGUCUCCUCACGUUCAGGACCUGAGCCAGUACAUCAUCAAGCCCCUGGACCUCGCCAAACAGGAUGUGCGGGAAACGGUGUGCCAUGGACAGUUCUGCUGCCAUUUCCAGGUCAAGACCAGUGCCUCUGGAGCCCAAGGCUUGAAUUUCGGCCUCGCCGCGUUUGAAGGCCUCCGCCAUUACGGAGGUGGUCAGAACAUCGGUACACAGGAAUGCGCUCUUCUCCCCUGCGUUGGAAGCCUCAAGAGUUCUUGUGAUAUUGGAUCCAUCAACAACACCAACAUCAUAUUCGACGAAAUCUCCAUCACUGCUAACUUCAAACCCACAGAAUCUGCUCAGUUUCCGAUCAUCCUGUCAACCGACACUCUGUCAAAUAGUCAAUUCCGGUUUGACAGCAAACACGAGAACAAUACGAACCAAGUAACUGUCAAACUGUACGAUGGACAAAACCUUUUUAAUUUCGGCAUUCUUGGAAGAGAUUUCUCGAAGGAUUAUGUAGAGAAAACUGUAAUCUAUGAUAAUAAUGAUGGUUUGACGUAUAAAAUCUAUGAGUACGUUAACAGUGAUGAGGUUCUAGAGUUCUGCGAUUAUGUCUGGAUCCGAUUGAGGGUACUUAUUUUCGUUGUUUCUAUCUACGUUUUGGAAAUGAUGUAAAUGUAAGUUUGUAAUUAAGUAGGUAUAUUAUUUUUACAUAAUUUCGUCGCGCCAUAUUUGUUUUGUGUAUUUGCA